AUGACCCCAUCACCACAACCACAACAGGGUCAAAGCCUAAACGUGAUCGCCCUAAUAUCCGGAGGAAAAGACUCUCUCUACUCUCUCCUGCACUGCAUCCGCAACGGCCACAAAGUCAUCGCGCUAGCCAAUCUCCACCCCCCGGUCCAAGAUGCCCAAGAAGACAUCGACAGCUUCAUGUACCAGACCAUCGGCCACGCCGUGAUCCCCCUCUACGAGCAGGCCCUGGACAUCCCGCUCUACCGCGCCCCCAUCUCCGGCGGCGCCGUCGACACAGCCCGCAUCUACCGCAAUGAUGCCACAGAGGAGUCCGCGCCGGAAGACGAGACCGAGUCGCUCGUUCCGCUGCUGAAGCGCGUGAUGCAGUGUCAUCCGGAGGCCAGUGCCGUCUGUGCCGGCGCCAUCUUGUCCACUUAUCAACGCACCAGGAUCGAGAAUGUCGCGUGUAGGCUGGGCCUGACCCCCUUGGCUUGGUUGUGGAAUUAUCCGGUGCUCCCUGCGCCGGUGGAACGCGCGGGCGUGGCUACGCAGGCGGGGCUGUUGGAGGAUAUGGCUGGGGUUGGAUGUGAGGCGAGGAUUAUCAAGGUUGCCUCGGGCGGGCUGGAUGAGGGGUUUCUCUGGGGGGAUGUUUCGAGUCGCGAUGGGCUUGUGCGGAGGAAGAUUGAGAGGGGCAUGAGGAGGUUUGUGGUUGAUGAUUUGGGGGGUGCUGUUCUUGGGGAAGGGGGUGAGUAUGAGAGUCUUGCGGUUGAUGGGCCUGCGUUUCUUUGGAAGGGGAGGAUUGAGAUUGCCGAGAGGGAGGUCUGUUCUGGGGAAGGGGGUGUGGGGUUUGUGAGGCUUCGGGGGGCGAGGUGUGUGAGGAAGGAGGGAGGGGAUGGCGUUUCUCCGGAGGAUGUGAGGCGGCCGGCGUUGUUGGAUGAGACGUUUUCUGGGGUUUUGGAUGCGGUGGUGUCGGAUGUGGGGGAUCUGGAUGUCGUCGACACGGUGAAGGAAUCUCAGCCUGUGUGGCGACUGGGGGAGGUCGCUCAGUCGAGGAAUGGCGGCACUUGGGCUAUCUCGAAUCUUGCGGCGCCUGAGGCUGGUCCUGGUGCUGGGGAGCAGAUGGAGGCGAUUGCGCGGAAGAUCCGGCUUAUUUUGGAGUCUACGGGUACUCGGACACCUGCUGAUAUCGUCUUUGCUACAGUUUUGAUUCGCUCUAUGGUUGACUUCCCGUUGAUGAACGAUAUCUACGUUUCGCUUUUCAAGAAGCCGAAUCCCCCUGCCAGAGCUACGGUGGCUUGUGGGAAUAGUCUCCCCGAGGGCGUAAAGAUUACGGUCUCGUUGGUCAUCGAUUUAGGCCCCAGGGAUCUGCGACAGGGCCUUCAUGUUCAGUCCCGUUCAUACUGGGCCCCCGCUAAUAUUGGACCGUAUUCACAGGCUAUGUCUAUCCCGGUGCAGGCAUCAGAGCGGCUGGUGUACAUUGCCGGUCAGAUACCUUUGGAACCGGCGUCGAUGGAUAUGGUCGCUGGCCCGGAGUCAUGGCUUGAAAGCUACUCCUUGCGAGCGGUGUUGUCUUUGCAGCAUCUGUGGAGGAUUGCGGCAGCGAUGCAGGUUCAGUGGUGGCUGGGGGCCGUUGCGUAUCUAACGGGAACAGACCACAUGGAUACUAAAGCGCAAAUAGCAUGGCGUCUCUGGGAGACGAUGCAUGUCCAGCAAACCGACUCAGACGAGGACGACGAAGAACCGACGUUGGAUGCUUGGGACAUUAAGUAUGGAGGACGAGCUUAUGACCAGCCAACGAAGCCAGAGGCAGCUGCUUUGCCUAACAUGUCCGUGGUGCAGUCGGACGUACUGGUUCCUCCCUUCUUUGCUGCCCAGGUUGCUGAACUACCCCGGGGUAGCGAUAUCGAAUGGCAGGGUUUGGGUUAUCGGUGUGGUGGUUUGAAGAUGGCUGCGGAAGAAUUGGAUGUUGGUCGCAAGAUCGACACCACCACAGACGAGAAUCUGCGGUACACAGGAAUCGAGAUUGGCAAAGAGUCUGGCACUGAACUGGAAUCGUGCCUGCAGCGCAUUCUCGAACGAUACUCCACAGCGGGGGUUUCCCAUGCAAUUCUCUACACAGCACAGCCGCUGUCUGGGAAUAGUUGGCCGGGUCAGAUCGUGCCUUGCACGUCAGUAUGGGGCCAGAAAGGGCGGCAAUUGGCGGCCGGGAUCAUCCUACAGACGCAUAACCCCACGGACCCCGAUUCAUCUAUACCAGACACUCUCCGAGAUACUUCCCGGUCGCCGCACCCCUACCAUCGCAAGGGCUCCAAGUGCUCCGAACCCCAUUUGCUACCUAUGAAUGGCGGUGAUCGACUAACUCCCAAUUCAUGGCCUAAAACGUCCAGUGAUAGCGGCACCGAGGCAGAUGAUGAGAGUACAGGGAUUUUAAAAGGACUCCCGGCGCCCCCUCUUCGCCAACGGAAAGGGUUGCGUUCGGGCUACAAUGAUGCCACAGACCGUGACUCGUGGUUGCCGAUAUUGCAACCGUGGCCCUCGCUGGGACGGUCAACGUCCCGGAGCUCACAACAGAGCUCCAGUGAAGACAUGGGAACCGGAAGGGUGGGAUUACGAGGGAAGGUCGGAAAAAAGCGCCUUGAGGUCUUGCGGCGGCUCUUAGAGACAGGGUUGCUAUUGUCCGUGGGCGCGGUUGUGUUGUCCCAGGAGAGUGCGAGGUUACUUGCAUGGGCUUGGAGGAAAGAACUACUUGCUCAUGGCGUUCUUGUCACCACGCUGUACGCGGUGUAUCCGCUCAGGAGAAAUGGACGCCUACGCCUUUCCGGAUUAAACUCUUUUACCAUUCCAAGGAGCUUCGACCCCGCUCCCCUUCUUUACCCGAUUUUGAUACCCAUUUACACCUCUUUGUCCUUGGCGCACCGUAGCCCUGCGCUAGUAUUGCCAAACAUCAUUCUCAGUCUCUCGUCUUUACCCGCCCCAGUCAUUCCAUUGCACGAGUGGAUGCAUGGUCACAGUGUCGUCCAUUGGUUGGUCACGUUGAUACCCAUUAUUGUCUCGGAGCAUUUUUCUGCAGAUCAUACGAUACCCAAGCCUCUCGCGCUUCGCGGCCUCAGUUCUGAAGUUUUGACCCUUGUUUUUCCGUUGCAUCAAGCAUUGAUACCCACUUUAGAUUUCUUAUUAACUACCAGUAUCCUUCCGGCAGAGCUACAGCUUUUGACGAGUGCUCUUGUGAAUCUGUUUUUGUUUGCGAGCUCCCCCCAGGCGGAGAUCCUUAAGGCGCUAUUGUGGCUGGGCGGCUUGUGCAUUUUUAUCUCUUGCCGGCAUGUUCUCCGUUGGGAGGUCGCUCUAGCUAGGAUCCCCAGCUGGAAGUUUAGACGGUCGCCCAGUGGUUCGCAAUCACGAAAAAAUCUCUUGUAUGUUAUCGACCAUAAACUCUGCCAAAAACUGAGCCGAGCGGGCUCCUCCGAAGAUGCUAUGUCAGACAGUGAAUACGAGGCUCACAUGGCGCCAAUAUCACGCAGAACAACGCAUGAGUUUCGAGAGAAGACCCCAGCUAGAGAAAUGACCGACAAGGUUCCCCAAGAGAAUGGUCAUCGACAUGCAGUGCAUCGAAGACGACAUACUAUCUCCAGCGUGGAUGAGGCUGCACAUUCAGAGCGUAUCAGGACCACUCCCAGUGGCCGACGGAAGCGAUCGAUGGCUCCGGGGCUGGCAUCCUUUUUGUCACUGACUGUACCACAAGCACAAGUGCGGAAAUGGCUUUACGCCCUGUACGUAUAUGCGGCUGUGGCAAUUAUCAUCAUGGGUCCAGUGCGGAAGUACGUGAGCGAACGCGCACUGGGUGGAGAGGAGCCGUUUGGGUGGGCUUUGAGCUACCUACUGGGAAAUGUGUCCUGGUUUAGGUUCUGGGUGAUCAUGUGGAACCUGGAGUACUGGAUUCCUCUUCCUCCUCGCUUGGAUCGUGAAAUGCGCUCUCUUGGCUGGAUGGAGUGUCUCCGGCAGACUUCUUUUGGGGAAGCCAACGCACGUCUUUUAAUUGCUGCUCAUUGUAUUGCGGUGAUUAUGAUGGGCCUGGGUGUUGUCUUUAAGUUGAGCUCCAUCGUAGAAGUGGAUACAAGACGCAAAGUCUUCCACGGCAUGAUGGUGUUGAUGUUUCUUCCCACCAUCUACAUCGAUCCUGCAUUCUGUGCUCUCGCUCUCGCUCUAGUACUGUCUAUAUUUCUCCUUCUGGAUCUUUUCCGAGCUUCCCAAAUGCCACCAAUCUCUCGGCCGUUGACCUAUUUCCUGGCGCCCUAUGUUGACGGCCGGGACCACCGGGGACCUGUCAUUAUCUCUCACAUCUUCCUUCUUAUCGGAUGCUCUAUUCCCCUGUGGCUUUCUUUGGCUGACAUCCCCCGAUCGGAAGACCACCCAUGGGGCGCCUGGAACGUCCAGUUCCGAGAUGUCAGUAUGGUCAGCGGAGUAGUAUGCGUCGGUCUUGGAGAUGCCGCCGCAUCACUAGUGGGUCGUCGGUUUGGUCGGCGUAAGUGGUUCUGGGGUGGAGGCAAGUCCUUGGAGGGCAGUGUGGCUUUUGCGGCGGCUGUGACCGGGGGUCUGGUGUUUUCCCGAUUGUGGCUUGCCGCAGGCCAGUGGGCGGUGCAUGUGAACGAUGGGCAGAAUCAAUUAUUCUGGCUUUGGACGGUGUGCAAAGCCAUCAUAGCGGCUGCAGGCACCAGUGCGACCGAAGCGAUCUUGACGGGGUGCAACGACAAUGUCCUUGUACCGAUUGUGCUGUGGCUGCUCGUCAGGGGACUUGGCCUGUGA